GCUUCAGGUAAACCCUGUUCCACAGUCGAAAGAAAGAGGGCUUUCUUUAAUCCAAAUUCACUUACCUUUGAAGGUAAAAUUUCUCCCAUCGAAAAACUGAAAAACAUCUUUUGUGAAAAGAAGUUAAUUCAGUAAUAAAUUGGUUAAAAGUAUCAUCUGUACUCGAAAGCAAGGAAGGAGUGCCAUAAUUUGUGGGACUGCCAUGGAUACUCCAUCUGAACUCGUUGAAAACAAAGAACUUUAUGACGAAAUUAAGGAAGCAAUUAAUAAAAGUCAUGAAGAAGGGGCUGCUAAGAUCAUGGAGCUUUUGGAUCAGCAGAAAAACACUCCACUAAAUAUUGCCAUCACUGGAGAAUGUGGUUCUGGGAAAUCCACCCUUGUUAAUGCUCUUAGAGGCCUAUCAAAUGAUGAUGAGAGAUCUGCGCCUACUGGUCCAGUUGAAACCACCAAAAAGGCUACACCAUAUGCUCAUCCAAAGUAUCCCAAUGUUAAAAUAUGGGAUCUCCCUGGAAUUGGCACCACCAAGUUUCCAGCUGCUAAGUACCUAGAGCAUGUUGAGUUUAAGAAGUUUGACUUCUUCAUCAUUAUCUCAGACACUCGCUUCAGGGAAAAUGAUGUGAAACUUGCUCAUGAGAUUCAGAGGAUGAAGAAAAAGUUCUACUUUGUUCGCUCAAAGAUUGACAACGAUUUGCGUGCCGAACAAAAAAAGAAAGGGUUCAAUAAAGAGGAGACUCUUUCCAAAAUCAGGAAUAACUGUACUGAAGGGCUUGAAAAUGAAGGUCUAGAGUCCCACCAAGUAUUCCUGGUGUCCAGUUCUGAGCCCUACGAGUACGAUUUCAGCCGUUUAGGGGAGACUCUUGAAAAGCAACUUCCUGCACACAAAAGGCAUGCUCUGCUGUUGGCCAUGCCCACCAUCAACCUGGAGAUAAUCGGCAAGAAGAAAGAGAUCUUUCAGGGCAAGAUUAAAUAUCAUGCUGCUCGAGCUGUUAUUUGCUCAAGUUUCACUAUUUUGAAAGAUGUCGCCAGAGAAUACCAAGCUGGGUUUGGUCUCGAUUGUGAGUCACUGCAGAAACUCGCCGAUAGCAUAGAACUGCCUUUGAGCGAUUUAGAAGCUGUCAUGAAAUUCCCCCUUGCUGAUAACGAAAGGCUCACGGCUGUUUUUACAGAUAUUCUCUCAUUAUGGGCAGCCUCUGUAGCUGUGAAGACUCAAAAGUUGGAUUUCUUUUCAGCUAUAGGAAUUGUGGGAUCAAAAGCAUUGUCAUGCUGGUCAACAUACUACAGUAUAAACCGUUUGCUGGAUAUGUUUGUUGAUGAUGCACUGAGUGUUUUCACAAAGGUUUUAGAUCAUGUGACAGCUAAGCCCUGAUGGGCUGACAUCACUCAGAGGAAGUUAAAACUUAAGAAUCAACAAGCGUGUACUCGUUGAAAAUGACUCUCUUAUUGAGCAGAUGUACUAUGCUAUAUACACUGCCUUUAAGCUUUGAAGAUGAAUGGUCCUUCUGGGUAUGUUAAUAUAUUUGAUUUAAAGUUUGUUUGUUUUUUUAUAAAAUCCAAACUAAUCAUAAAUAGAGAACGCUUUUGUUAGCAAUAUGUCAUAUUUUUCUUGAGUUUCUAGAUCACCUAUACCCUUAUGGUUUUAUAUUUUUGUGUGUUGCUGUGUCCUUUUAUGGUUGCUCAGUGUAGAUUGGAAUGAUCAUGGAAAUCAACACAUUUUGCAUACUUGGUACUAUACAGUAUUAAUAUAUUUUAUCUAUCUUUGCUGUAAUUUCAUUUGAAAUCAGUCGGUUCCUGUACCUUUUUAAUUAGUUGUAUUUAAUUAGCAAACGAUUUUGCUCACUUUGGUUGGUUAGUUUCUCUCAAGAAAGCUGCAACAAAAUUUUCCUUUUCUGCCAACCACACUUUGAAAAGGCAAAAAUGUCACCCUAUAGUAGAACAUAACUCCUACUGAUCAGCUGAACACAUUGUUGUCUACUUGCGAAAUUGAGCUAUGGUGAUACAUAGAUAAAUCAUCUGAAUGAUCCUUUCAAUGUAGUAUGUGUAAUUACUACAGAUCAAAGCUGAAAUGUUGUACAUUAUCAAAAUUGUUCACAGUAGUCCUUCAUUCAGUUAGAACGUGCUUAGGUGAGUAUCAACUAUUAAAUCUUUUAUUAAAAUGUUUCUGCCCUCAAUUCAAAGCACUUUCAUAGCUAACUGUACAUUUUAAGAUUGCUUUUACAACCAGUUUUAUCAGUAUCUCUUUUAUUGUCAUUACUGAUAAUCAAGCAAGGAAUAGAACGUUGUAAUAUUGCUCAUGAAGGUAUUACAUCGUUCUGCAUAAAAAAUGGUAAAGAGUGUGUGAAGCAUUGUCAUAAGCAGGGGUGUAAAGAAUAGAAAUCAUACUGUGAUCUUUGCAUCCCGUAGAUUGUGUUGAGUAUUCACUGCCCUCCAGUGUUCACAUUGUGUAACUACAACAGAAAUAAGUCAGGAAACGUUCA